AUGGUUGGAUUAUCUGAUUUCUUUCUCAAAAUCAGAAACCUGCUAAUUGCAAAUGCGAGUAAACGAACUUCCAUAUGCAUCAGUGGCAUGGCGGGUAUUGGUAAGACUACUCUUGCUAAAAAGCUUAUUCACGAUCCUUUAAUCAAAGAAAACUUUGAAUGUCUGGCAUUUGUUAUUGUGGGAAGACAGUAUAAGUUAGAGGAAAUCUUGCGAGCUAUUGUAGCUCAAGUACACCUUGAUGGCGAUGAAAUGAUCACCGGAGAAAGUGAGGAUUUUGAAGAGUAUUUGAAGAGAAUUUUGAGUGGUAGAAGAUAUCUCAUCAUGCUAGAUGAUACUUGGGACCUCGGUUUCUUCCUUGGUCUUAAAUGUGCACUGCCAAAUGAGGAUAAUGGGAGUCGAAUCUUGGUCAUUAGCAGGAAAACUCGAACCGUUGAACCCGGUGUAAGAAAUGGCUAUUCUUUCACAAUGCCUUUUCUUGAUGAAGAGGAGAGUUGGGAUCUUCUCAAGUGGAAGGUCUUUGGUAAGGAAGAGUUUCCAUAUCGGUUCAUGAAAGCUGGGAAGAAGAUUGCUAAGAAUUGUGAAGGUCUUCCUCUUUUGAUCCUCGUUGUAGCUGCUAAACUCUUGUCUGGAGACAAGAACAAUCUAGAGUUCUGGAACGAGGUAGCGGAGAAGAAGAAUUCAGUCUUUGAGGAUGCUUGUGAACAAUUAUCGGAUAUAUUGCUACAAAGUUAUCAGUUCAUGCGUCAGUAUUUGAAGCUGUGUUUUCUUUAUAUAGCAGCAUUUACUCAGAAUCAUGUAGUUCGGCGCUCUAGGAUCGUCACACUGUGGGCAGCAGAGGGGAUUCUAGAACAUUCUGGUAAUCACGCGAUUGACAAAUUUGCUUCCUAUAAUCUGGUUUUGGUUUGGCAAAUAUGCUUGGUCAGAGCCCGAGCUCAUGCUUUCCGCCUCCAUCCUGCCUAUUGGUAUAUGUGUAGAAGAGAAGCUGAGAGCAACAAGUUCUUCUGUGUCUUGAGUAGUUACGCUGAUUGUUCGAUUGAAUGUGUGGAAAAACAACGUCAUUUUUCCAUCCACAACAAUGUCUUGUUCGCCAUCAAAGAGGUCCAUGACUUGUUGGCAUCAGUAUCAACUGUGCGUUCUGUUCUAUGUAUGGGACCGUAUUAUAAAUAUCAAGUGCCAAUAUGCUUAGAUUGGAAGCUGCUUAGGGUGCUCGAUGCUCUUACAAUCCGUUUCUAUGAGUUCCCGCAUGAGGUAGUGAAGCUAAUUCAGUUAACUUAUCUAGGCCUCACUUGUGAUGCAAACCUCCCUCCUUCCAUAUCAAGACUUUGGAAACUUAGCUAUCUCAUUGUUCAUCGACACCUGAGCAUCAAAUGGACCGUAGACGAGUCGUAUUUUCCUGUAGAGAUAUGGGAUAUGCAAGAGUUGGAGCAUCUUGAAGUCAUUGGAAGAAACCUACCUAAUCCUAUUCCUGGCGCAGUCUUACCCAGACUCAGAAGGCUUUUAGAUGUUGGUGCUCAUAGUUGUGGAAAGGAGGUUCUUGAAUGUAUUCCAGAUUUGAGAAAACUGAGGCUUCAAAUUGAGUUAGAACCCGACUAUACUCAAACCUGGAGCUUGUUUGAUCAUAUCUCGUGUCUCCAAGAACUAAAAUCGAUCCAGUGUGUUAUUGUGCCCCCUGAAGUGUUGUAUGAGCCUAUAGUCCCGCCUCCGCCUCUCCCGGUUUCCGUAAGGAGUCUUAAGAAGUUGAGUUUGAGCGGCUCUGGAUAUCCAUGGGAAGAGAUGAGCAAGGUUGGUGGAUUGCCGUUUCUUGCAGUGCUCAAAUUACAGAACUAUGCCUUUCAAGGGGAGAAGUGGGAAGCGAAAGAAAGAGGAUUUUCAAAUCUUAAAUAUCUCUUCCUUGAAGAUACAGAUCUUGUGCAAUGGACAGCAUGUGAUGGAAGCUUCCCAAGGCUUAGGUGCCUGACUAUGAAAAACUGCUACAAUAUAGAAGAGAUCCCCCUAUUUGAAUCUGAUAUGGAAGCUCUACUAUCGCCUUAUAUAGUUAUUGAACUUAUAGACUGCAACCCCUUAGUUGAGAUUUGUGCAGAGCAAAAGUAUGGUACCGAAAGGGUUAAGGCCAAUUAUUCGUGGAAAUGA